UCUUGACGUUGUCGGUGGUUGCCAUGAACGCGACAGACCUGUCGGCAUUCAGCGUCCACGGAGUGAACCCGCAGCAUCUUGUGGAGAAGAUCCUACGGAAUCGUAUCUAUGACAGCAUGUACUGGAAAGAGCAAUGCUUUGGUCUCACGGCGGAGACGCUGGUGGACAAGGCGAUCGAACUCACGCAUAUUGGCGGCCACUUUGGAGGAAACCAGCAACCGACGCCAUUCCUGUGUCUGUUGUUGAAGAUGCUCCAGAUCCAACCCGACAUGGAGAUUGUCGUCGAGUUCAUCAAAAACGGAGAUUACAAGUACGUGACCAUGCUCGGCGCGUUCUACCUGCGGCUGGUCGGUAAACCCACGGACGUGUAUCCGAUCUUGGAAGAGCUCUUGGCCGACUACCGCAAGAUUCGGAAACGCAACACAUUAGGUCCGUCUCUCGUUCAUCUCCCAUGUUGACGCAGGACGGUGAUGAUGUGGUAGGAUGGGAGAUGCUGCAUGUGGACGAAGUGGCCGACAUUCUGUUGAAGGAAGAGUACUUCUGCGACAUUGCGCUGCCGCACUUGGUCGAUCGGUACCAACUGGAGGCAUCCAACGCGUUGAAGAAGUACGUGAGUCCCCUUGAGGCAGACUUUGCCUCGGACGAUUCCAGCGACGACGACUCGGACUAAUAUCCGAAAACAAAACGAAAACAACUCAAAAUCCGUCUAAUAUUUCACCAUUUUCAACGUUUUUGUCGAG